AUGAGUGAACCUGUUCAGAUUUUGUUAGAUAGUACGCAUUUUAUGGAGAUUCGUAAUGCAUUACGUUCUCGUUCUGUUGCAUGGGAUGCAUUGACUAGAUCGUCUGAAUUAAGUGAAUUAGAUGCUUCAAUAGCUAAAAAAUUGGAAACUUUGCUGAUUAAAAAUAUAAAUGGACAUGAUAAAGAGUUGAGGAAUCUACGUAUCGAUGGCACAUGGAUUGAACCUUUGAUUCAUUUGUUAUCAACUUCAGAGAACAGUGAUUCUAUUAAGUCUGUUCAAAAUUUGAUAUCAGAAUUAUUAACAUCUGAUAAAUAUACAAUUGCACAAGAUACAAUCAAAUAUUUCCAAAUGAAUCCUGACCAAUUAGUCAAGCUUUAUGAUAUCUCAUUUAAAGAAAACGACGAUUUACAAACUAUUUUAAUUUCUUCAUUUAAUAUUGUGUCAUUAUUGAAUCAAGUUCAAUUGGUUAACGUAUCUUUAGUAGAAAAGCUGAUUAACAACGAUCGUUUCAUUUCAAUUUUACAAAAUACAAGUCAAAUGGAUGCUUGUUAUGUUUGCAUUAGACUUGUACAAGAAUUAUGCACUGUCAAAGAAUAUAGAAGUAUACUAUGGGAAAAUAAUAAACGAUUUAUACCUACAGUGUUUAAGAUUAUUUCCAAGAAUUUAAAUUCUCAAAAAAAUUACAACAGUACUAAUAAUAAUGCAUAUUCUAGUAGUCAGCAAGAAAGACCAAUUUUUGUCAAUACUAAUACUAAUAAUUUGGGUAUUCAAUUACAAUACUAUUCAUUAUUAUUAAUUUGGUUAUUGACUUUUGAUACAAGGAUUGCUUCUGAUAUGGAAAAACAAUAUUUGAACAAUUUUUUGAAUUUAUUCCAAUUGAUUAGAAUCACUAUAAAGGAAAAGAUUUCAAGACUGUGUAUAGCCAUAAUAUUACAGUGCUGUUCCAAAGAGAUAAAAGGUCAUAAAACAUUUAUCAAAGAUUUAAUUUUAUUAGGAAACGGCAUCCCUACUUUAAAUAGUUUGAGUGAAAGAAAGUACUCUGAUGAAGAAUUAAGAUCUGACAUCACCACUUUAAAGACACUUUUAGAAGAGGAAUACAAGGAAUUAACAUCUUUUGACGAAUAUUUGGCAGAAAUCAACUCUAAACUUAUCUGUUGGUCUCCACCACAUGUCGACAACUCCUUUUGGUGUGAUAAUAUUGACAGAUUUAAGCAGGACAAUUGGAAAUUAUUUAAGAAAUUGAUUGAAUUAUUAAUUGAAUUUAAAGAUUCAAAUGAACCUAAUGAUAAGAUUGUAAUUCAGGUGUUGUUGAAUGAUAUCACCCAUGUAAUUGAAUUAUUACCGGAAGAAAGUGUAAACAUAUUAAAUAAAUUAAACGGAAAGGUUGUUAUCAUGGAAUUAUUAAAUCAUAGUGAUUCUAGAAUAAAGUUUGAAGCCUUAAAGGCUACCCAAUCUGUUAUUGGAUAUACAUUCAAAUAG